AUGCACAGCUCCUCCACCUCUACAACUUCUGCCGGCGGCGCGCACCAGCGCCAGCAGCACCAGCACCAGCAGCAGGCGUUCGGCGCGGCCGACGGGCCCUUCGCCCCCGGUGGCCCGUUCGGCGGCGCGCCGGGCGGCGCCGCCGCCGCCGAGGGCGACCCCAUGCCCAUGCUGUUCCACUUUCUGCUGGCCGGCGCGCCCGGCGCGCUGCACGCGUUGCGCACGGGCGGCGGCGGCUUGGGCGGCGCGGACGGCGGGCCCGGUGGACCCGGCAGCGCCGGCGGCCUGCAGGGGCUCUUUUCGUCGCUUUUUGGCGGCGAUUUCGGGGGCAUCCCCAUGGAUUACGAACACUUGGCGUCGCACCUGCAGAACGUGGCGACGCCUGCCGACCCCGCGGUCGUGUCGGCGCUGCCGCGGAGCACGUUCAUAUCGCCGGGGGCCGAGGCGGACGACGCGUGCGCGGUGUGCCAGCCGCCCACCGCUGCCUGCAGCCGCCCCCCUCGGCCCCCUGACUUCCGCUGCUGA